AUGGCCGAAGCUAACAACGUUGACAUUGUGGAGCAGGCUAUAACAGUCUUCUAUUCCACUUUCAAACAGUACGCAAAUGUGCCACGCAAGGUUCUGACCAUUGCGGUGGCCCCCGGACGCGUGAAUCUGAUCGGUGACCACACGGACUACAAUGACGGUUUCGUGUGUCCGCUAGCGCUGGACAAGACGACUGUAGUGGUGGGCAUCCGAUCGCCCGCAGAGAUUGCGUCAACCACUAAGGUCGCGUCUACCAACUUUUUCGGCCAGGUAUUAGAGUUCUCGACUGACAGCACGGAGAAGCUGGCUAAAACAAAGCCAUCAUGGGGCAAUUACCUUGAGGGUGUGACGGCCGAGUAUCUGAAGUACCUCGGUCGUACGGAGCCUUUGGGCGUGCACGCGGCCAUUGCGAGCGCAGUACCGAUUGGCAGCGGACUGAGCAGCUCUGCGGCACUAGAGGUGGGCUUCGCCACAUUUCUAGAGAGUCUGUUUGAGCUUAAGAGCGUGUCGGCCAUUCAGAAAGCGCUGCUGUGCCAAGCUGCCGAGCACGAGUACUGCAACGUACCGUGUGGUAUCAUGGACCAGUUCAUCUCUUCGUGCGGUAAAAAAGACUGUGCACUACUGAUCGACUGCCGUACCAAGGAGCAGACGACCGUGGCGUUUGAGGAUCCGGACAUCGUCAUUGUGGUGAGCAACUCAAACGUCAAGCACGAGAUGAACGGUGGUGAGUACAAGGAGCGUGUGAUGCAAUGCAAGAUGGCCGUCAAGGCGUUGCAAACCCAUGGAUAUCCACACAUGACGCAUCUGCGUGACGUGACGGUACUCGAUCUAGACUCGAUGCAUGAGGUGCUGGGUAACGAGGUGGUGUACCGACGAGCUCGUCACGUGAUCACGGAGAACGAGCGUACAGUGGCCGCUGUGGAACACAUUUGCGCACGUGAGUACACCGAGGUAGGCAAGCUCAUGUUCGAAAGCCACAAGUCUCUGCGCGACGACUACGAGGUGAGCACACCCGAGCUGGAUUACCUGGUCGAGACGGCUCGUGGUUGUGUCGGCGUGUAUGGUGCGCGUAUGACGGGCGGCGGUUUCGGCGGCUCCAUCGUAGUGCUCGUGCAGCAGCAGCAUGCGCAGAAGCUCAUGCAAGUGCUCGACACCGGCUAUCCGGUGGACAAGUUCGGUUCCGAUCUACCAAGGCCUGCGAGUUUCUUAACGCGCAUAGGUGACGGUGCAUACGUGAUGCAGGUUGGCAAGACCAUGCCCGGGUCUUCCGAUUAA